GACAGCUAAAGAAAGGGACAUAGUGUCUUCCUUUUGCUUUUGCGAUUGCAAUGCCGAGCAUGAAGGAAUCACGACCAUUUAUGUGGCAGAUCGAUGUCCAGCGACAGAUAAGGCUUGGUCGUUUGGAGUGGUCGUGGCCAUGGAGGCGAACACCGGGCCUCUGUUGAAGGUGUACUAUGAGAACUGCCCCGGAUGCAAGCAGGACCGGAAGAACGAGGUCCGCCGAGGAGUUCCUUACAGGGAAUUCUUCUACAUAUGGAUCGUCACGCUGUGCUCCGCCUUACCAGUAGCAUCAUUAUUUCCUUUCUUAUACUUCAUGACACAAGACUUACAUGUUGCCAAAAGAGAAGAAGAUAUUGGAUUUUAUGCUGGUUUUGUAGGAUCUGCAUUUAUGAUUGGAAGAGUUCUGACUUCAGUAUUCUGGGGAAUUGUGGCAGAUCGAUAUGGAAGGAAACCAGUUAUAGUCAUUAGUAUUAUUUCCGUAAUAUUAUUUAACACUAUGUUUGGGCUUAGCACAAGUUACUGGAUGGCACUUGUUUCAAGAUUACUUCUUGGAUGUUUUAAUGGUUUGCUUGGUCCAAUAAGGGCUUAUGCUUCAGAAGUUUGCCGAAAAGAAUAUCAAGCUCUAGGAUUAUCUCUUGUUAGUUCAACACGAGGUAUAGGUUUAAUUGUUGGUCCAGCUAUUGGAGGUUUCUUUGCUCAGCCUGCAAAGAAAUAUCCGAAUAUCUUCUCCAUAAAGUCAUUGUUUGGCAGGUUUCCUUACUUUUUACCUUGCUUUUGCAUCUCUCUCAUAGCAACUGGGGCAUUGGUUGCCUGUUUCUGGCUUCCUGAGACUUUGCACAUGCACGAUAAGUGGGAAAUUGAAGAUCUGGAGGAUUCACUAAUAAGAUGUGAAACAAAAAAAUAUAAUGAUGAAAUUGAAGGAACAAUGUUGGCAUCUAAGCAAAGCUUGAUAAAGAAUCGGCCUUUAAUGUCAGCAAUCAUUGUCUAUUGUGCUUUUGCCCUUCAAGACACAGCAUAUGCUGAGAUAUUCUCCUUGUGGGCUGUGAGCAACAAAACAUAUGGUGGAUUGAGCUUUUCAUCUCAGGAAGUUGGUGAAGUACUUGCAAUCUCAGGUUUGAGUCUCCUAGUUUAUCAACUAUUUCUUUAUCCAUGCUUUGAGAAGUAUCUAGGACCCAUCAGUUCAUUGCGUGCUGCAGCGAUUUUUUCUAUACCAUUGCUCACCAGUUAUCCAUUUAUGUCUAAGCUUUCUGGAUUAAAACUUUUCUUUGUUGUGAACUGUGCAUCACUCCUGAAGAGUGCUAUUUCCGUAACUAUCACCACUGGGUUCAACAUCCUGCAGAAUAAUGCUGUGUCUCAACAUCAAAGAGGUGCGCAAAUGGUGUUUCUGUCACUGCAUUGUCUCUUUCCAAAGCUAUUGCUCCAGCAACCGCAGGGGCUUUAUUUUCAUGGGCACAAAAGCGUCAACAGGCUUCCUUCUUAUCAGGUUCCGGUACCUCCCUUGCAUGGAGCUGCUGAUGCCCCUCCUGUAUUUAAUCAACUAUGGAUGAAUGAGCCUGAUCAACUCUCGGAUGGUCCCCUUGAAAAGGGAAUUCCAACACUGAUAACAUGGAACCGAGGGGGAAAUGUUGUCCUCGUAGAAGGAUCAUGGGACGACUGGACUUCAAGGAAGCAUUUGCAGAGGUCAGGCAAGGACCAUGCCAUUUUAAUGGUUCUCCCUUCGGGAGUAUACCGAUACAAGUUCAUCGUGGAUGGACAAUUAAAAUACAUUCCUGAUCUUCCUUUUGUUAGUGAUGAGAUGGGGAACAUCACUAAUCUCCUUGAUGUCCAUGAUUAUGUUCCUGAAAAUGUGGAGAGCAUUUCUGAGUUUGAUUUGCCGCCCUCACCUGACUCCAGCUACAGUUGGUCGCUCACAGAUGAAGAUUUUGCCAAGGAACCGCCACUCGUUCCAUCCCAGCUGCACCUUACCGUUCUUGGGAUGCAGAACACUGAUGAAGAAGCGUCGCCGAAGCCCCAGCACGUGGUCCUCAACCAUCUUUUCAUAGAGAAAGGAUCCUCUUCCCAGUCGAUGGUGGCCCUUGGCCUGAGCCAUAGGUUCCAGUCCAAGUAUGUGACCGUCGUUCUUUACAAACCUGUGAGAAGGUGACGCAUUCCUCAGCUUCUUUGCACCGCCGAAACACGCUGCUGCUGCUGCUACUUACAUGGGGUUGAUUUGUAUUCGGUAAUUGGCCAUCAAUUGCCACCAUAACCUCUCUCCGCUCAGGUACUUACUACUCCAAAGCUUCCACGGAACCUUUCUUCUUCCACGUUCUUCUUCUUUGCUCAGCCAAUGUGACCCAUCUUUUUUACCUUUGUUCUUCGAUGACUUGUACCUGCUCCCGAGUGAAGUCAGUCCACCAACCACUGUCAAAUCCAAAACCAGGUCAUUUUCGAUUUGUUAACCUCCUUUUUCUCUUUUUUUUUUGCUCUUAUUAUUUGCUUUUGCAUUGUGAAAGACAUGACAUCUGACCCUUGUGAUGAGAAUUGUACAAUUUACUUUCGUAGCAGCAUAAUAAUGAGUCCACAAAA